AUUUUCCUACUCCUCCUCCUGUCUCAGAACAUCCUCAAACCAACAAUACCACCACAGAACAUACCCGUAUGAUGUCUACAAAAGCCAGCAUAACAGCGUGUCUCUCGACAUGUCUCGCCGCUGUGCUCGUGGAUGCGGCGGGCUCAUCCUGGAUGGGGACACACACGAUACCUGCAUCACUGGGUCGCCAGCACGAACGACAAGCAUGAAUGGUCCAUGAGCCAGUGGCUGACGGAGAAGCGUCCAUGGGAAUCCCCAUAUCACCCUUGCUGCUCGCCGAGACGGAAGGCUGCGCCGAAGUGGCAGACGCCAUUGAUCGGGAAGCAAACGGGGUGGUGGCUGUAUUCAAACAGAAUACAGCCACCCGUGACCGCAACACCUUGAUACGUGCCCCCUUCUUAGCGCGUUCCUGUCGGACGGGCUCUGUCUCUCUGACUUCCCUCGAUGGCGGGGCAGCUAGGGGCUAUGUUGACAUUCCCCAGGCUGAGCGUGCUGUCGCGGUGCAUCUUUUCCCGCAGACGGCCGCCACCUGGAGAGGUCGGCCUAGACUCCCGUCCAAAGCGUGUAAGUUCUCAUGUCGAGAGCUUACAACCGGUGUGGGCCAAGCUGCCUCCGCCCUGCACGCCAUGGCCAUCCUGUAGGUACAGUACACCAGGCCAAGGCGUUAAAGCAGCUGCACAAGGGAAAGUCCAACCCAGGGAUUAUGCAGGAACUUCGCGCCGCCACUGACCUCGCUUUCUGGGCGACUAAGGUGACGUCACGAGCCCUGGGUUGCACAAUGUCUACUUUGGUGGUCCAGGAGAGACACAAGGUGGGCUGUUUGGGGAUAUGGUCGAGGACUUCGCACAGCAGUUCUCGGCCGUAAAAAAGCAGACAGAGGCGAUUAAACAUAUUUUGCCUCGCCGCGACCCGGCCGUCGAGGUCCCGUGCGGCAUCUGCUCCCCCAGAAGCGCAAGACCCCGUGGAAGAGAGCAUCAUCUUCCCGUCAGCAGCCGCAGAGAAAGCAGAAGCGCCCCUGAUGAGCGGAGCCCAGGGGGAUCGAGUGCGGACCCGAUGUCAGCCAUUCCAUCAUACCCGGGUCCGAGGGGGGUGGUUCCUUCCCCAUCCCCUCCUCCACUGUGCCCUUUUCAGGGCCUGGUGGCCACUCUCCCUGGGUUUUUCUCUCCACAAACAGUCGCAGCCUCUACCCGACGUUGCGUCAUGGACUGUGGUACCGCAGCAGACCCACAGGUUUCAGUGCUCUCUAGCACUUAGUGCUCUCAACCUCUGGUCGCAGCAGGCAGGUAAGUCAGCAGUACCGCCUGCCUCCCCGGGGUCGGUCCCACCGUGAGGCCGCCGCCCUGCCAGCCACCGAACCACCUCCCAUGGACACAAUGUUACAGAUCAGUCCACUAAGCGUCCAAGACGCUUUCCACACCAUCGCGCUGGCUAGAGAGGACGAUCUGUCUCAGCUACCCGAUCCAGUUCGCCAGACGCCCGCCUGUGUUCAGGGGCAUUCUAUUCACCUCUGUUUGAGGCGAGGAUGCCCCCGUUCUCCGGGCAGAGGUCACCACCCUUCUGGCAAAAGGAGCGAUCGAGCCCGUCCCUCAGGCCGAGAUGUCUUCGGGCUUCUACAGCCCGUACUUCAUCGUCCCCAAGAAAGGUGGGGGGCUGCGUUCCCUGAACAGGCACCUUCACAGGUUACCGUUCAGGAUGGUAAUGCAGAAACGCAUUCUGGCGUCUGUCACACACCAGGAUUGGUUCGUGGCAAUCGACCUGAAGGAUGUGUACUUUCAUGUCUCGAUUCUCCCUCGUCAUCGACCAUUCCUACGGUUUGCUUUCGAGGGUCGGGCAUAUCAGUACAAGGUCCUGCCCUGGCCCUGUCUCCGCGAGUCUUCACCAACGUGGGGAGAGAGGUGUGCGGAUUCUCAACUAUCUCGACGACUGGCUUAUCUUGGCUCACUCUCGAGAUCUGUUGUGUACCCACAGGGACCUGGUGCUCCAGCACCUAAGACCGCUUGGGCCUUCGGGUCAACUGGGACAAGAGCAAGCUCUCCCCGGUGCAGAGCAUCUCUUAUCUCGGUAUGGAACUAGACUCAUGUUUCAUGAUGGCGCGUCAGUGAGUACAGUCAGUGCUGAACUGCUUGACCCUGUUCAGGCGGCCGUUAGCGGUCCCCCUGAAACUAUUUCAGAGGGUCCUGGGACACAUGGCAUCCUCGGCUGGGGUUAUCCUGCUCGGGUUGAGGCACAUGCGACCGCUUCAGCACUGGCUAGAGUCGGGUUCCCCGCAGAGCGUGGGACACCGGCACCAGGCGUAUUCCCAUCACGCCUCACUGCCAUCACACCCUAACCGCUUGGUCAUCCAUGACCUUUCUCCAGACAGGAGUUCCGCUUGGGCAGGUCUUGAGACGCGUCGUGUUUACGAUGGACCCUGCACGGUUGGGGUGCGGUGUGCAAUGGGCAUGCAGUGUCGGUUCAUAGGACGGGCCCCCGCCUGCAUUGGCACAUCAACUGCCUGGAGUUGUUGGCUGCUCUGCUUGCUCUAAAGAGGUUCCAGCCCCUCAUUCAGGACAAGCAUGUGCUGGUUUGUUCAGACAGCACGAGUGCCGUAGUGUAUAUCAAUCAACAAGGUGGCAUUCGCUCACGGCAAAUGUCACAACUCGCCCGACGCCUCCUCCUGUGGAGUCAGCAGGUGGUGAAAUCCCUGCGAGCCACACACAUCCCGGGCGACCUAAACCAGACAGCCGACGUGCUUUGUUGUCAGGUCACGCUUCGCAGAGAGUGGCGACUCCACCCCUGCGUAGUCCAGCUAAUUUGGGAGCUGUUCGUCUCCCUGGACACCACCCUAUGCCCGCUUUGGUACUCCCUGACCGAGGCACCCUCGGCACGGAUGCCUUAGCACACAGCUGGCCGUUGGACAAGCCGAAGUAUGCCUUCCCCCCAGUGAGCCUCAUUGCACAGGUCCUGUGCAAGGUCAGGGAAGAGGAGCAUCAAGUGCUGUUAGUUGUGUCCUACUGGCCCAACCAGACUUUGUUCUCAGACCUACUGGCUCUGACAACAACUCCCCCCCGGCCGAUUCCCCUGAUGAAGGACCUUCUUUCUCAGAGGAAGGGCACGGUCUGGCACCCGAGACCAGACCUCUGGAACCUCCACGUCUGGCUCCUGGACGGGACGAGGAGAUCCUGAGUGGCCUGCCACCUGCGGUCGCUGAGACUAUUUCUCAGGCUAGGGCCCCAGCCACUAGGCAUCUAUACGCCUUUAAGUGGCGCCUCUUCUCAUCCUUGUGUGCUUCUCAAGGAGAAGACCCGCAGAGAUAACCCCUUCAGUGUUGUGUCCAGUACGUGCCUUGCGCCUCUACUUGGACCGCACACAGUGCUUCAGAAGCUCUGAGCAGCUCUUUGUCUGCUUUGAAGGACAGCAGAAGGGGAGGGCUGUCUCCAAACAGAGGUUGGCGCACUGGAUCGUGGACGCCAUCACUACAGCUUACCGAUCUCAGGAUCUCCCGUGCCCACUGGCAGUGAGAGCUCACUCUACUCAGGGUGUAGCCUCCUCGUGGGCCUGGCUCGAGCCUGGCUCAGGGCGCCUCUCUGGCAGACAUCUGCGGGUUGGGCUAUGCCCAAUACAUUUGCACGAUUCUACAACCUUCGUGUGGAGCCAGUGUCAGCCCGUGUCCGGCACGGUACCAACAGUUAGACUGGCGGCCGGCUGGGCGUACGCCUGCUAAAGCGCCUUCUCCCCCUCGGGUGAGUCAGUGCGCUAUUCUAGCCUCCCUGCUUUCCCCUCACGGCGAAGCACAGGCAUUCCAUAAAUCACUAAGCACUUCUCCGACAGGGAGUCGGGCGGAGCGGCUUCCUGCCAGGCCUGGUUUCGGUAGAGUUUCCCUAGUCAGGUGAACCCCUUAAUCUGUGCUAGUGCUUCAUACGUAGUGACUCCCCCACUUGAGGUCGUCCCAUAUGAUGUUUCCUCAAUUUACGGUUCCCCCAUUGGUGAGCCUGUGAACUCCCCUCAGUGGAACAUCCACCUGCGAUUGUGCACACCUCAGAGUGGGCCGCACGCCUUCUUCCCAAUUGGUGAGACCAUGAUGGAGUCUCCACACAUUCCCCCCUCCGUGCAGUGGGAUGUGGUCGCCAUAGCGCCUCUUCUGCAAGAGGUGGUAGCACUUCCCAGUGUUCCUUACAGUAUCAGGCGGCUAUCUCGCUAUAGAGAACAGAAGGCCGAUGUACCACCAACACAAGAAUCAACUAGAUCAAACUAUGGAUCAACUUACGUAAUUAUCUUAAUUAUUAUUAUUGUGUGCAUCAUUGGGGGAACAGCGUAUUGCUGCCUUCAAAAGAACUCCAGGAGAUACUCCGUGGAUUUACAUCCCAAAAAGGAAGAAGCUCAGAUUCCGCUCAGCACAGUGGAUGGUGAAGUGUUUGACUCCACAUCAGUUAAAGAUAUGCACACAUUUAGUCCUGUUGAGCCCAACAUGCCAAUAAAAGACCCUGAAGCUGUGAAGGAAGCUGAAAAGCCAGACGGAGAGAAAGAAACGGCUGUUGUUAAAGAACAAUCUAACACCCGGGCCAUAGUGAUCCCAGAGGACAAAGCAGAGGAGCUGACCAUAGAUCUGACUGAUGGAGAGAUGGCCAUCUCCACCAAGACAUCGAUAGAAUCACUAGAUGAGCCUCCUAAUAAAAACAACAAUAACAACACAGUGGUUGCCAAUGACGAAGGACAUGAAUUCACUGAAAUCUCUCUUGCCGGCCUAUAGAAUGAACCCCCUCUUUAACAUUUUAAGAUCUCUGAACCUGACUAAUGGAUUUUUUCAACCUGUAUGUAAAGGUAUGAUGAUGUACUGUAAAUUGCAACAAAGAAUAAAAUACUCAUUAUUGUUUUCCCUGUGGAAUUUUUGUAAUAAUAUUAUGUCAAAAUAACUGGUGUUUUAGGUGUUUUAAAUGUAUGAAAAAAAAAUACUGCUUUCCUUCUUGUGUCUCUGCCCAGCUGUGCUCACACUAUGGUGGGCUACUGAAUCAUACUCUUAUUUUUUUUUACAUUGUGUGAAGUCAGCAUGGCUUUCUGGAUUUGUCUUUGAAAUAAAGGCCAUAAUCUCUUAAAACACAGGGAGAUUACCACAAUAUAUCAUUAUUGCAAUGAAGUAUAUAGUUUCAACAACAUUAUGCACCAAUAUUUCUUCAAAAUAUAUACAGUUGUUAUGGCAUAUUUCACAGCUUGUAUUUAUACAUAAUUUGUCAUUAACACCACAUUGAUUGCAGUUAAAUCAGUUUUCUUGUGUGCUUAUAAUUGUAUAAUCUUACAUUGUUGUAAUUACACUUAGACGACUCAUUUUUCAUUAUUAUUAUUAAUAGCAUGUGUCAUUUUAUGUAUUUUUAGUAAUAUUUUUAAUUAAACAGCUUGGAUUAGUGUUUAUGUACAGUAUGUUGUCUGCAUUGUUUUAUAUCUAGUUGUAAUUCAAUAUUGUAAUGUCCUGUUCUGGCUACUUUGCACCUUUUUGCGACUAAAAUAAACCUGGCUUUUGUAUUUG